AUGUGUAUUGCCGGUGGUGUCUUUCUCCUCGUAAAGGGAGAAUACUUGUUCUUCUUCUUCCCGGAGUGGCAAAUCUACGGUGGUAUAGGCAUUGGAGUAGGUGUGGCGGCUGUGCUGACAAUGUUGGCCCUCUCGAAUCGAUCGUACAUUUGGAUUAGGGUGGUUAAGUUCCUGUGGCCGUUUGUGAUCGUCCUCUCGGCGAUUCGAGCUAUCCUUAUGAUUGUACAGCUCCAACGAGGGAAAGACAAGAUUACCUGGGAAUGUAACAAUGGCGGUCAGUUGUGGACUGAAGAAGCUGCCGCCGCCGCUGCUGCAUCUGGAGAAAAGUCUGGUUCUAUGCCAGGAGGAUUUUGCGCCGCCGGGUUCAACAGUCUUAACACUGCCUUCAUCAUCUCGCUUCUCGUCGAUAUCGUUUGCCAGGUCUACAUGUACUUCCUAGCGUGGCGAUAUUCCAAGCGCCUGGAACGCUACAAUCAUAUGAAUGGGCCAUACUAUGGGGGGUACUACAAAGCUUAA